GCCACUUGAAGGAGAAGGAACCAAAACCACAAAGAAGGAAGCAGACCUCUUCCACAUCCCACCUUGGCCUGCAAAACUGUUUGUGUGAGCACAUCGAAGACACCAGCAUGUGACUUGGAAACUUGUUAGAGCUGCAACCUCUCUGCGGUCCACUUUGAUGCCCAGCAGCAGGUGAAUGAAGUUCUUCACUGAGCUGAUGUUACCAUGACUUACUUUGUCAGUAGAUACUUCAGUUUGUGUUGCAUCCUCUACCUUCUUCUAGAGUGCAGCUUUGCAGUAAAGGUGGAGGUUAAAGUUGGGGCAGACAUCACUUUAACUUGCAAGUACGACGCUCGCUACUAUGGCAAGCUGUCAGUGUGCUGGGGUCGAGGGUCUCUCCCCAGCAGGGGUUGCGCCAACGAAGUCAUCAAGACGGACGGAACAUCGGUCACCAGCAGAUCUUCAGAGCGCUACCUGCUCAUGGGUAACAUCGUGGAGGGAGAUGUGUCACUGACCAUCAGACAGGUUGUGGAGAGCGACUCGGGUGUGUACGGCUGCCGUGUGGAAAUCCCAGGCUGGUUCAAUGACCGCAAACAUCAGAUGAGCCUGAUGGUGGUUCCAGCGCAGCCUGAUGCUCUCAAGGUGGAGAUGCAAGAGGUCAGAGACAGAACUGUCACCGUGAGCUGGUCUCAUGUGUUUGACGGCGGGAGGCCCAUCAAGUCCUACAGGAUUGACCUCAAGAGCAAAGAGGCUCUUUGGGAUACCGCAGUGACAACUCACAUGUCAAAUCCAAACCUGACUCGGGUCACCCUUGUGGACUUGCGGCCAGCCAAGUAUUACAGCCUACGCAUGUUUGCAAUCAACAGUCAGGGCAUAAGUGAUGCCAGUAAUGUUCUCACAGUCGCCACAGAAGAAGCAGCACCAGAUGGCCCGCCAUUAGACAUGCAUCUCCAAGCGUACUCGUCCACAAGCAUCAGAGUGUCUUGGAAGCCUCCUAGGGCCGACCUGAGAAAUGGUGUUAUACAAAGUUACAGCGUUAGCUACAGAGAGUACGACCCUGUCGGCAGACAUUUCAAAUGGUGGCAGCGGCAAAGUGUCAUGGCCACAAAGCCGCAAGAGAGCCUCAUACUGAGUGGAUUGAGGCCUUCCACCCAGUACAGUGUGCUGAUAAAGGCCAAGACCAACGCAGGACUGGGGCCUGCAUCAGGCGCACCCCUCUGCUCCACUUUGGCUGAGAUUCUCCCAACAUCCACCCAGGCAACAGUCAACACACUCUUCACCAUUACAUGGCCGAUGCCAGACACCACAAGGUUCAUCUCAGAAAAAAAUAAUGAUGAAAACGUACAGUAUGUCACAACUCCAGCAGCAAAUGUGAAUGCCAACACAGCAUGGGAACAAAGCGCUACAGGUUUUUCCUCAGUUCCUCCAGAUCCCCCUGUUGUUGAGUUGAAGGAGGUUCGAGACAACACAGUUUCUCUCUCCUGGACUCCUGGGUAUGGCGGAGAUGCCCCCAUUUCCGGAUAUUUUCUUGAGUAUAAAGCCUUGAAUGGCUCAUGGGAUGUUAAAAAGACAGUCGUGGACUUCAGCCCAAACCAGACAGAGGCCACCAUCAUAGAGAUCAAUCCGUCCACAUACAACAUCCGCAUGUUUGCCAAGAGCAGUCUGGGUACAAGUAAAGCCAGCAACAUCCUUACUUUCACAACUGGAGGAACAGGUCACCAGCAGGAUGUUUUCUCAACACCCACAACCAUUAAUACUCAUGCUGCAACGAGCUCUGAGGACGGUGGAAAUGGCCGCAUUGUUGCCAUCGUUUUUCCACUUGUGCUGGUGUUGUUGAUUGUUGCCAUAGUGACUACAUGGCACCUGAGACGAACGAAAGUGAAAAAAGGCAACCCCAGUCUGUGGCUGAGCCGCGCGGCAAUACUUUACAGAGGAUCUGAGUCCAUGCAGGAGCUGUGAGACAUGCCUCUUUAAAAGAUGUCAACAUGAAUACCAGCAAUAGGAAUAUGCUUUCCUUUCAUUUUGUAUGCCUACUGUGAAACAUGGAGGAGUAUGGCUCAUAUAAAUGGCUUGCCAUAGUGGAGCCUUAUCAGUAUGUUACUGUGUCCCAGUAUAUUAGUGUGACAUCAAUAAAUGAAUAAAUACAUUGGACGCUUUUUA